AUACAUCCGCGCCGACCUCCAUUAUCAUAAAACGAUAAACUAAUAGUCUGACCAAAGACGAGCGAUAAACCCGGAAUUUUUUUUUUCUAAAGAGAAACCAAGAGGGUUGGCUUGAGCAGUGUAAACAACAUUAAGUUUAUACAGGCGAAUCAUUCAUGUGUGACAAUCAGCCUGCCACUAAGAAACCCCGAACAGGUACCAUGAAGAUAGGAACCCACAACGGCCACUUCCACUGUGACGAGAUCCUGGCCUGUUUCAUGCUGCGGCAGCUUCCGAAAUACGCAGAUGCUGAAAUAGUCAGAACACGUGAUCCUGCUGUCAUUGACACAUGUGACAUUGUGGUGGAUGUGGGAGGAGUUUAUGACCCUGCUAAAAAUAGAUUUGACCAUCAUCAGAGGACUUUCAAUGAGUCGAUGAGUACUGUGAAUUCCUCCAAGAAGUGGACGAUCAAGCUCAGUAGUGCCGGCCUGGUGUACUGUCACUUUGGUGCAGAGAUUGUGGCCAGCAUUCUCGAGCUUCCUGUUGAGGACCCAGUCGUAGACAUUGUUUAUGACAAAGUGUAUGAAAACUUUGUGGAGGAAAUUGAUGCCAUUGACAAUGGAAUCAACCAGUAUGAUGGGGUUGCAAGGUAUCAAAUAUCCACAAACCUGAGCAGCAGGGUCAGUCACUUUAAUCCUCUGUGGAAUGAACCAAAUGCUGAUGAAAUGGCUGGUUUUCUGAAGGCCAUGAAGAUGGUGGGGGAUGAAUUUAUGGACAAAGUGUUAUAUUACAAGAAAUCAUGGUUACCAGCCAGAGAAUUAGUGGAGGAGGCUGUUAAAGGCAGGAUGGAGGUGGAUCCCAGUGGAGAGAUUGCGGUUUUUAAGUCUGGGGGUUGUCCUUGGAAAGAUCACCUGUUUAAUUUGGAGGCAGAGCUAAACAUCAAUCCACCAAUCAAAUACGUCCUCUACACAGAUAAUAACAACAAAUGGCGGGUACAAUGUGUACCAGAGGCAGUGGGCUCAUUUUCAAACAGACUGUCCCUGCCAGAAGACUGGCGAGGUCUAAGGGACGAUGUUCUCACGGAGAAGUCCGGGAUUGCAGGCUGUAUAUUUAUCCAUGCGGGAGGGUUCAUUGGUGGAAAUCAUACUUAUGAAGGAGCCCUGGAAAUGGCAAAGCAAAGUCUGAAGAUGUCACAGAAAAAUACUUAAAAUUUCAAAGAGAACUACAAACUGAAAUGAAAAUUGACAGCACAGAUUGCAGUUACAUUUUGUAUAUAAAAUUAAGGUCAUAUCCAUCGUCAGUUUGAAUCUCAUUAAGUGAUAUUGUGAAUAAAAAGCCUGAUGUUGUGUUGAUGUCAGGCAAAAAUGCUU